CUCACCACCACGUGCUCAGAAUCCUGUGUCCUGGCUCAGCCCCACUGCGACUCUGACCUCUCUCUCCUGUCAGCCCGAUUUCGGUCCGUUUCGUCUGCCGCGCGUGAUCCACGGGUCCAGAACUCCCAGGGAGCCACCAGGUCGGCUCCGCAGCAGGCCAGGCUCCGCUCCGGACUCGCGUGACCUCCAGCCCCCGACUCCGAGCUCCCCAUGGCGGCGACGCUGAGCCUGGAGCCCGCGGGCCGCAGCUGCUGGGACGAGCCGUUGAGCAUCGCCGUGCGCGGCCUGGCCCCCGAGCAGCCCGUCACGCUGCGCGCGGCCCUGCGCGACGAGAGAGGCGCGCUCUUCCGCGCCCACGCGCGCUACCGCGCCGACGCCCACGGCCAGCUGGACCUGGCGCGCGCGCCCGCGCUGGGCGGCAGCUUCGCGGGGCUCGAGCCCAUGGGGCUGCUCUGGGCCAUGGAGCCCGAACGGCCUCUGUGGCGCCUGCUCAAGCGCGACGUGCGGACGCCCUUCGUGGUGGAGCUGGAGGUGCUGGACGGCCACGAGCCCGACGGCGGGCGGCUGCUGGCGCGGGCGGUGCACGAGCGUCACUUCAUGGCUCCCGGGGUGCGGCGCGUGCCCGUGCGCGAGGGCCGUGUGCGCGCCACGCUCUUCCUGCCCCCAGGCAAAGGGAGAUUCCCUGGGGUCAUCGACUUGUUUGGAAGUGGCGGUGGCCUGUGUGAAUACAGGGCCAGCCUCCUGUCUGGCCACGGUUUUGCUGUACUCGCUCUGGCUUACUUCAGAUUUGAAGACCUCCCUGAGUAUUUGAGUGAUGUGCACCUGGAGUACUUUGAGGAAGCCUUGGCCUUUAUGCUGCAGCAUCCAAAGGUGAAAGGCCCAAAUGUUGGGCUUCUUGGUUUCUCCAAAGGUGGUGACCUGUGCCUCUCCAUGGCUGCUUUCCUAAGGAACAUCACGGCCACUGUCCUUAUCAACAGCUGUGUGGCCAACACAAUAGCUCCCCUGUAUUACAAAGAUCUGUUUGUUCCUGAUCUUGGCUGUGACCUAACAAAACAGAAGACCAUGGAGUCGGGCCUUUUGAAUUUGAUGGAUAUUUGGAACAAUCCACUAGAGGAACCUAACCUUCAAAGUCUUAUUCCACUGGAAAAGGCCCAGGGACCCUUUCUGUUUAUUGUGGGCAUGGAUGAUCAUAGCUGGAAGAGUGAAUUCUAUGCCCACAUAGCCUGUGGACGUCUACAAGCCCAUGGAAAAGACAGACCCCGGACAAUCUACUAUCCAGAAACUGGUCACUGUAUUGACCCACCUUAUUUCCCUCCUUCCAGAGCUUCUGUGCAUGCAGUGUUGGGUGAGGCAGUAUUCUAUGGAGGUGAGCCGAGGGCUCACUCAAGGGCACAGGUGGAUGCCUGGCAACAAAUUCAAACUUUCUUCCAAAAAUAUCUCAAUGACGAAAAACCUGUGGAGCGCAGCAAAAUAUAACAUUGCAAUUAUAUACCAAAUACCAUUUUUUUUUUUUUUUGUUUGUUUUUGGUUUUGGUUU